UUCGUAAUUUGUCGGUGGUUUUUCACGUGGCAUUAAAUAACUAUUGAAAAAAUCGAAAAAUGACCUAUUUAAAGUACCAUCUUGAUCCAAUUUGCUAAAAGAUAAGAUACUAUAUGUUGAAAUCGAAGCACUCCUUCUGAUAGAAAUUUUUUAUACAGGAAAAAAAAAUAAACACCAUUGUAAAACCACUAGCUUCCUCGCGGCGAUUUUAAUUUAGUGAUUUAAAAUACCGGGGGACCAAACGUUCGUGGACUGGUUUAUUUGAUGGGGACGAAACGGCGGAGACGUGAUUCGUAUACAAUUAAUGGUUAUUUAUUAAUAAUUUUAAUAUACAUGAUUUAAUUUAUAUGAUUCAUACAUUUUCUUCAAAAUGGAUAAUAUCGAGUAGCAUACUACGUUUAUGUUACCAUCAUGAUUUUUUGUAAUCAAAUAAGCAGCAUACAAACAAUAUUUUUAUUUUUAUUAAUCGUUUUUUGAACAAUUUUAGUUAUUAUAAAGUAAUAAAAGUAUAGAUAACAUUGAAUCGCCGUGCAGUAAAAUAAUGGUUAUUGAUAAACAGUAUAUACUAAUGUAUCAGUAUUUACUAUUACUAAGUCUUUCAUUAUUUGUAUAUGUACUUAAAUAGUAAUUGGUACUUGUUCCUUAUCUUGACUGUCUAUUUCAAGGUGAGCGGUUUGUAUUUGGUUAAACUGGCGUCCUAAGAGUGAUUGUAAUACUCCAGGCUUGUUAAAUAGGUUAAAUAACAUAUUUAAAUAGGUUAUACCUAUUACAUCCGUUCCUUUUGUUUAUACAGAAUAAUAAUACAAUAUACACACGUGACACGUGUGUAUAUUACCUAAAGACUUAAGACCGUCCCGAAGGACAAAUCAUGGCUUGCCAACUAGACCUUACCAUAGAGCGAAUUGAGUCUACGGAUCGUGGACCACGGUUAAUCUAGGUUAGGUACCUACAUAGGUACUAAAUACCAUAAAUAAUAUAUACUAUAUAUAUAUUAUCUAUGCUAAGUACUAAUGGAGUCCCGGGAAAUUGAAAUUAAAAAUAUAAUACUAACUGAGUCCCGUCAAACUUCUUCAAACAUCUUCGUUUCGAUUUUUAUAGACUUAUAGGACAACAUUCUACAGGUAUAGUUGAAAAUAUUUUUAGAUUUUGAGCCGAGCGAUAAACGUUAUUGAUUUUACAAUGAUGUGUGUUUUUUUUUUGUCAUCACCUUUUGGGGCAGUAAAAAUGCUUCAAAUUUCUACUUCUGCAUAUUUUCUGGUAGGAAAAUUUUUACUUAAAAACUAUUUGAAUUUGAAAUAAAUAUUUUUUUUUGGCUUUUUUAAGUGUAAAGAUAGAAUAAAUUUCAAAAUAUUUCAAUAAAUAUAAUAAAUUAUUGGGUUUGGAAGAUAUGGGAUCGAUGGUGAUUUAAAAAUGUUGGUGAUUAAUAUUAAAUUAUCAACAUUAAUAAUUUGUAAAAAUGGUCCUAGUAUUAUAUAAAUACCAGAUCCAAUAUUAUAUCUGUCUUAAACUUUUGCACAACUACUUUUAAGGAGUAUUAUACCCUUCGAAUAAACAUUUUAACAACUGUGAAACUAUUCGUCCAAAUUUUGAAUAGGGAAAAUCAAAAUUUUCAAAAAAUAUCCACUAAAUAAUUUACGGUAAAAAAGGGUGUUUCUUAUUUGAAAAACAGAAGUUUGUAUCACAACAGGACACUCCUCGAGUGGUUUUUUUUUAAUAUUUAACCAUUUUUGAGGUGGGGGGCGGGGGUUAUAACAAAUGGAUGCAUUACUGCGUGUAUAGUGUAUACAUUAUACGACUAUACUUCUGUAAAUAGGUAUUAUAUUAUGAUAUACUGAUGUGUAUCAGAAAUAACGUGGAUACCAAUCGAAAGAAGAUGACUGAUUACUAGAAUAAUUUUAAACGUUUUAUUGGUCAUCGAUGAUGUCAAUUUAGUCAUUAUUAUAAUAGAAAGGUCAAAGGUUUAUUUAUAUAGUAGUUGUAUAGAACUAUAUUAUACACGUUCAUAGCGAUUAGAAAAUAAAUACUCGAUACACAUAGAUGGUCUAUGCACAUAUUAUAUAGACAUAUAGUGUAACAUAUAACUCCGUGGUAUAAUAAAAAAACGACAAUUAUAAUCGUUAUUUUAAAUUGUCUGUAAAAUAAUAAUAUAAAUAAUUUAUAAUUAUUGCAUUGUACUUUUACGUCUGUCACGCAAUAUUCAAUAUAAAAGAUAAUUUGUAUGUCACAAUAAUCGUCUUGUUUUUCCGAUCUCGUACCUACAAUAAAUUGUAAUUAUGUAUACCAAUAUAUGCAUAGGUUAUAGGCCCAGUGUUUUUUAACCAAUGCGAAUUUCAAUCGGUGAGUAGGUAUCGCCGUAUCGGAUUAUAAUUAUUCAUCGUUGAAUGUUGCAGAUAUAUUAUAAUAUAUCAUAUACUUUUCGCAUCCCUGAACACAUAACGUCAUAAUAAAUUAUUAAAUAGGUACCUUUACUUACUAACUUAUACACGUCAAAUUAUCAUUCGAAUCGACGUGUUAAAUCUGACGGUAAUAUAAAAUAAUGGACGGCGUCAACCUUGGCAACAGUCGGCGUUCGGAGAUUUUAGAAACAGUCGGAAUUCAUUGCUCAUCGUCAACAAUAGCGGACACGCUCGACUUGGCAGUGCAGCAACCGUCGUCGACGGUUUGCGGGCGGCCGCUGGAUCGAUUGAGUGGACGAUGGACAUUCCAGUCGAUGCCGCAGGACGUCAACUUGGUGGCGUACGGAAAACAGUUUUCCGGCGAGUGGCCGUCGUUUUGCAUAGAAAUGGAUUGCGACGGCGUUGUGAACGCGAUGCCUACAUCUGAACUGACCAAGGCCGAUGAGGAGGCGCGGGACCGCGGAAAAUUGUUAUCCGGUGCUGAUGAGAAGAAUCCGUCGGCCCCGAGUCGCCCAAACACGUUCGCGGAACAGUGCGUCGCUUAUGUCGGACGUGUCUUUUCAUGGGAUUUCUAUAGGACCGUGUGUCUGUUCUUUCUACCAAUCGUCACAUUUCGAAACCGUAGGUGAUUGACGUGCAUGGUGGUUCUAGACGUUUAUAUAAUUAUAAGUAAUAAUUACAUGGUCAAUGGUCACGGGACAUGGCCACAUGGAUAUAAUAUACUUUACUAUGGGACGUACUCGGAUGGUACUCCGACUCACGCAGUCAACUCUUUAGUAUUUACCGUACAAUAUUUACCUAUACUGGGCCUAUACCCAUCUAGUGUUUUAUACUUAAAUUAAUCAUAUUAUAUCACCUUUUUUAUCACUAAAACCUUUAAAAGACAAUUAUGAUGUUUAGCGUUUACUCUACACUAAUUUUUUUAAUAAAUAUUUUUAUUGUAUGUUUGUAUAG